CUCAAAUAACAAUGGUGGGUAGUGGGUCCAUUGUAAAGUGAUUUUGGUUUGUUUGUUAAGAUUAAGAAGAUUGAUUGUAGUCGGUGAGUUCGGGAGGCUAUCAUAUCAUCAUCGUCACAUAACAGCAGGCGCAGGCGCAGGCAGUAGCUAGAAAACAGAUUUGUCCAUGGAUCUGCAGGAUUUCCUUAUUCGCGCUCGAAUUUUCAAGCUUUACAGGCAAGCUUUGAGAGUUGCCGCUCGAGCUCCCCCUCCCGCUAGAGGUGAACUGAGACAAACUAUUAGACAAGAGAUUGAAAUUAAUCGAAACUGCAAUGACAAACAAAGGAUCCGUUUCUUGAUCAGUGAAGGCUUGGAAAAAUUGAAACGACUCGAUGAAAUGCUUGAUAUGCAAGGUCACUGACCUGACUCAAUCAAUGUGUAUCGCUAUGUAUUAAAACGAUAAAAUCCCCAUUCCAAAACUAUAACAGAAUGAUUUGAUCUUGUUACUUGUUAUUUGGUGUAUCGCUGGUUUUUUUCCAUUAUUUCAUCUUAAGAUUUAUCAGUUUGAUUUCAUUUCCUGUCCUUUGUUAGGAAGUGCAUAUGUUAUUGCUUUUGGUUGAGGGAAGGGCUUUAGGUUCUGUCAAGCUUCAUGUGGACUUAGAGAUUAGAGUUAUUUUGAAUAGUUUUGGAGGUUAGAGUUAAUCACAUCUAUAGAUAAAUAAAUCGUCGUCCUCAUAUUUUAGAGGAUGGAUCUUA